AUGGUGAACGAGAAGUCUAAAAUUAUUCCUAUGAAGGACCAGGCUGCCGUUGUACUUGAAGAUGGAACGAUCUAUAAAGUUCAACAUAAGAGACAAAGAAAGGUAUUAAACUGCGUUCCAUGCCACAAAAGAAAGGUUAAGUGCAGCAGGACGAGGCCUGUAUGUGAUCAUUGCCUUAGAAAUAGCUAUGACUGUGUAUAUUUUGUUAAUGAUCGGGUAUCUCGAGGAGGACAUAAUCGUGUUCCAAAAGAAAGUAAGCAGCAGUUGUUGCAAGUGAUUGAGAAGGCUCGCCAGGUGGUGCAGCAAGAAGUGCAAGCUGGAAGCAUAACAUCACAAGGUGUGGAAGCUAAAGAUAUAAUAAGGAAAGCUAGUGCUGAUAUACUCGAUAAUGCUAAUCUAGGAAAUGGGAAUGGUACCGUAUCUAUAGAUGGUAGUCAACCAUCAGCUUGUGCUAUACAGCAACCUAUUGUUGAUGAUGAGCUUCUGGGAACGGUCCUAAAUAAUCCGUCUCAAGGGCUUGGAAGUUUUCCUUUUACGGGUAUUGGGAAUGGAGAAUUCUACCAGCUAAUUCCGAGUAAAGAGAGAUGCAUGGCACUAUUGGAGUACUACAAAUCAUCGGUACAUCCAUUGUUACCAUUGGUUAACAUGGAUACGUAUAUUCCUGAUAGUAUCAACUUCUGGGGCACCUGGAAUGGGACUCUUGAUCAUAAAUCACUGGAUUUUCUUCUUCUUCUGCUUCCGAUGAUUUCGGCAGCGGUGAAAGCGAAGUUUCAUGAGAUGUACGAUGCGCAGCUUAUGGAAGAGGUGAAAACAUAUAACAAUUCUAUCCGUAGACUUCAUGCCUUGUGCGAUUUCCCUAACAAGUUUUCUAUCAGGUCUCUUACAGGGAGUGUGUUGCUUAACUCAAUUGUGGAGAAUCCCAACAUUACAACGGUUGCACAAUUGACGAGAUUGGCGCAAUGCUUUCAAUUGACCUCCGAUCCUGCAACCUACCACGGCAUCACUGAUCAAGAACUUAUCCAAACGCGACGCAUUUUGUUCUGGCAGAUUUUUCAACUAGAUACACUAACCGCUUUACACAAUAACUUGGUGCCGCUCAUUAAGAGUGGAGAGUUCGACACGGCCUUACCAACAGAAGUCAAUUCAGAUGGUUAUCUAAACCCUCGCAUUUGCUUCCUAAAUGCCAAAUAUCGCUUUGUAGUGCUCAUGAGCGAAUUGUGCCAAAGGAAUCUGAAUAUUGACCUCGCUUCGGACAAUUCAGCUCAUGCCGGUAUCAACGAGCGUAUUUUGGAGUUACAUGCAUGUUGCACGGGCAGUGCGGUUGCCUUGAACAGUUACCUUCAGCGCGACAAGUCUGGCGAUCCCAUCAUGCUGAAAUUCAUCCCAUGGGCUAUAUACAUGUUGAACACUUUUGCGGAUAGAUCUCUACUUCUACUCCAUUUAUUUAUGAUUCGAAAGUCGCUUCCUACAAUCAGCAAGCGCAAGAAAAUAAGGGUUGCAAAGAAUGAUAAAUGUGACCCUAUCCUGGACAGUGGCUAUGGUGAAGAAUCCAUGGGCAUUCAAGCUCUACUAAACGAGGACAAUAACGCCGAAUCCUCAACUCAAAGCUCUUUUGUCUACAAUUAUGACGACUCUAAAAAUAACCUCAUUCCGGCUUCCCUUCACUACUUAGAUGAGUUCAUCAAAUACCAAGCUGAUGAUACCUAUGCGGUGUUUAACUGGGAGCUCCUGAUAGGACAUAUGCCUAUCAACGCGAUCACCUUUGCGUUAAAGACUUUGGCUUUAGACCUGCAUCGUGCCUUCAAAAUGAAUAGUUACUUUCAACCUCAAAUGGAUUUGCGUUAUGUGCUUAUUUCUAAAGCAAUUCCACUGGUUGAGGCAAAAAUAGACAUAGAAACAGCUGCAUGCAAACACUGCUUUCAGCUAAUCAAACUACUAUUUCAACUAAUCCAGGUAAAGUACGGAAAUCCAGAAAAAUAUUCCGACCGGAAAUAUUACUUUAAUAAGUACGAAAUUCCGUAUGCCCUGGAUCAUAGUGAGCCUCCAAUAGUCCCGCAACCACGCAUAGAACAAUGGUCUACACAUAAGCGCAGUAACGGUCUGAAAAUCCCAGACUAUGAAAAGAAUACCAAUUCCAAUGCGGCACCUAUAAAGACUGAUGAUGGCUUUUCUUACAUACAGCCUUCCGUCCCACAGUCGAUUCUGUCCGUACAAUACCAACAAGGUACCUUGCCCUCUCCGCCUACUCUUGAAGGCCCGGGACGCGCAGAUCCCAUGUUCGAUGAUGCCUUCUUGUUCUCUGCUAAUUUCCUUUAUAGUAGUGAUCAACAGCUUGGAGCGACUUCCUGUGCUCAAAUUGCACCUCGGACGAUGAAAGCCAUCGUAGAUGGCGUCGUAGGCGAUCUUCCAGAUUCAUGGGGAGACCUUCUUUCUUCCUUUAAUCCCGACCCGCCCGCACUUACCGCGGCAGAUUUCAAUGAGGCUCAUGAAAUUUCUAGAAUUUACGCGGAGGUACAGAAAUACAUAAUCCUACUAUCAGAUACGGAUUGCGACGUCGAGUACGUCUCUACAGGAGGGGGUCACUAUCGGGAGUUCGAGAACGCCCUUCUAGGAAUACUCUGCAACAUUUUAACAGACACCGCAUGCGACCAUAACGGUUACAUUUAA